GACAGCUACACGAAACCGAUGGAUAUGAUACACAGUGUCCAAAGUCUCAAGUCCAAGCUAAGCUUUGCUUUGGCGUCACACUAAAUUAAUCUCUCGAUGUCGGAAUCUUACAUCAUCUGCUCCUUAUUUUCUCUCUCUUCGACUUUAUUUCUCGCUCUCCUUUUCUUCUCUCUCCUUUUCACUUUCAUGGUUUUUCGCUCUCAUCUCUACAUAUUAUAUCGUCUCUCUCUUUUGUCUGAAGGGGUCUUCUUUUCUCAUUUCUAUUGUAAACCCAACAACCCAUCUUCCUCUGCAACUCCUCUUUACUUGAAAAACACAAAAGAAAAAAAAGUGAAAAGUAAGACAAAAAUGUCUUCCCCAAGCAAGCGUCGAGAUAUGGACCUAAUGAAAUUAAUGAUGAGUGAUUACAAGGUAGAUAUGAUAAAUGAUGGAAUGCAAGAGUUCUAUGUGGAUUUUCAUGGACCCAAUGAAAGUAAGUCAUCCAACCAUCAUGCUAAACUUCUAACAUCAUGGUCAUCAUGGAUGUUCAGUUAUACGGGUCCAUAUCAAGGAGGCGUGUGGAAGAUAAGGGUGGAGUUGCCAGAUGCUUAUCCUUACAAAUCUCCAUCAAUUGGGUUUGUCAAUAAGAUUUACCAUCCUAAUGUGGAUGAAAUGUCAGGUUCAGUGUGUUUGGAUGUUAUAAAUCAGACAUGGAGCCCCAUGUUCGAACUUGUGAAUGUUUUUGAAGUCUUCCUUCCUCAACUUCUCCUGUAUCCUAAUCCAACUGACCCAUUGAAUGGAGAGGCUGCUGCUUUGAUGAUGCGUGAUAGGACUGCCUAUGAGCAAAGAGUCCAAGAAUAUAAGGAGAAAUAUGCAAAACCAGAACAUGUUGGGGUCAACCCGGACGAGAAAAGCAGCGAUGAAGAAUUGAGUGAUGAAGAAUACGCAUCGAGCGAUGAGGGGUUCGCAGGCCAAGCUGACCCUUGAUUCUAUUUCAAAGAACAAGUUGUUGUUGUAUCCGUACAUGAUAGCUCCUCCAUGGAAAUCUAAGGCUCAUCUGCAUGUGUGGUUAAGACAUUGUAAAUAAUUCUCUUUAUUCGUGUUCAAAGUGUUUCUCUGUUGCACCGUGCUAGGAAAUGGGUUCCUUGAUAGAUGGCAUACAUCCGUGAUGCACGGCCCAAACGGAUCAAACAAUAAAUUUAUAUUUUCAAAGACAAUAAUUUUUUCAGCA